UCCAAGCCACGACGCCACCGCCAUUCCACCUCUCGCUUCGCUUCUUCUCCUCUCUCUCUCUCUAUCUUCACCUCGCAUCGUUGGAGAUAUGGAGGGAGUUGACGUGAAGGCGCCGCGGCCAGGCUGCGGCGGCGACGACGGCGGCGCGGCGGCGGCGUCGUUGUCGGCGCGGCGGGAGGAGGAGGAGGAGGGGGCGGUGGUGGGCGGGGAGGACGAGCAGGUGGAGAGGUUCUACGCGCUGCUGGCCAACAUCCGGGCGUUGAGGGGCAUGUACAGCCGGUACAACGGGGAGGAGGGCGCCGCCGGCGGCGAUGGCGACGGGGCGAGCGGGAGGAAGCGGGCGAGGCGCGCGGAGCCGCCGUGGAGGCCGGCGUUCAGGAUGGAGGACUUCGAGUUCGAGGAGGCCGCCGCCGGCGCCGGCGACGACGACGCGGCGUGCUCCGGCAGGACAACGAAGAAGCAGAGAUCAGGCGGCGGCGGUCACGGCGCCGCCGUGGAGAAGCGGCGGACGGAGAAGGAGGCUGCCGCCGCCGCCGCCGAGGACGACGACGACGAGCAGGAGGGAGGCGAGGUCGUCGAAGGGAAGGAGGAACACCGACCGGGCCGCCGCGUCGAGGCCCACGGGCCCACUGACCAGUGAACAUUAGCUAGCUAGCUGAUCUCGUUGGAAUUGGUCCUUCGGAAACAGAAGGCAUUUUCGUUGGACUUUUCUGAUUGAUGUCCUAGUUUGAAAUGUUCACAUGUAUGAUAGCACUAGUAGUAUCACGCAAUCCAUGUGCCAGUCUUGAUUUGCAAAUUGCAAUGUACUUAUCAAAAUUGGUGAUCAUGGACUAUCCCAGCUGUGCAUGGGUAAACCAUUAGUAUUUGAGAUCAGGUUUUUUAA